GAGUUUCAGUCUUUGAGUCUGUCAUCCUGCAGUACUAUUGCUGUGCAGUCGCUGCUGGAUAGAAGUUUGUUGCUGGGCUUGGAUCGUCCACGAAUUCCGCCGCGUGUCUCCCCGGGACCAUCUCGGGCCUUUGGUGUUUUUGGCGGUGGCAGAAAAGUUCUGGGGAAAAGUCCCGCAGUCAGAACACCGAUUUGCGCCAUUGGAAAGACUUGAGUCAUAGUCGGACUCAUCACAAAGCCUUGAUAUCCUAACCCGAGUUCCCUAAGACCUGUUUGACUGUUCACCUCUUUAGUCAGAAGCUCAAACGCAACCAUGGCAACUACUCUGCAUUUACGGUCCGAGUCGAAGCCUCUUGAGCAUAGAUCUGCUCUGACCCCCACCACGACCAAGGCCCUGAUCGAGGCGGGAUACAAGGUUCACGUGGAAAGGAGCCCGGAAAGAAUAUUCGAUGACUCGGAGUUCGAGGCCGUAGGCGCAACCCUUGUGCCCGAGGGCUCGUGGGUCGACGCUCCAGCAGACCACAUCAUCAUCGGACUCAAGGAGCUGCCGGAGGACAACUUCCCGCUCAAGCACACUCAUGUCCAGUUCGCGCACUGCUACAAGAACCAGGGUGGCUGGCAGGAAGUCCUUUCCCGCUUCCCUCGAGGCGGUGGCACGUUGCUCGACCUAGAGUUCCUGACCGAUGAUUCUGGACGGCGUGUGGCAGCUUUCGGAUACCAUGCAGGCUAUGCUGGUGCAGCACUCGCUAUUAUGGCGUGGGCACACCAGCUCCAGAACCCAACUGCGAAACAAAUGCCAGGGGUCUCGAGCUACCCCAACCAGGACCUCCUGGUUGACGACGUCAAGGCCAAGAUGGCGGAAGGGGAGAAGAUUGCAGGCCGCAAGCCUACGGUGCUAGUCAUCGGGGCCCUCGGUCGCUGCGGUAGGGGUGCGGUCGACCUCAGCAAGCAGGUCGGUAUCCCCGAUGAGCAGAUCAUCAAAUGGGAUAUGGCCGAGACGGCCAAGGGCGGACCCUUCAGCGAGAUUGUCGAGUCGGACAUCUUCGUGAACUGCAUCUACCUCUCUGAACCUAUCGCGCCUUUCCUCAACAAGGAGUCGCUGUCAUCGCCCAAGCGCAAGCUCUCUGUUGUCUGCGAUGUCUCGUGCGACACCACAAACCCGCACAACCCGAUUCCGAUCUACACCGAGAACAGCACGUUCGCGAACCCCACUCUGCCAGUCCCUGGCUACGAGAACCCUCCUCUUUCUGUGAUCUCCAUUGAUCAUUUGCCCAGCUUGCUGCCACGUGAGGCAAGCGAAGCCUUCAGCCAGGCGCUUUUGCCUAGCCUGUUGACUCUGAAGGACCGCAAGAACUCGAGAGUCUGGCAACAGGCCGAAGAGCUAUUUAACAGCAAGGUGGCUACGCUGCCUGAGAACUUGAGGCAAAAGGAAGUCUAAACAAGGAUAGAAUCAUAAAACCAGAAUAGAUACCCCAAAAGACGGUCUAUUCAAAUGAAACGCUGUGUUUUGGUGCGAACCUCGACUAUCCUGAGCUACAAGAUGGCCUGUGUAGUCUUAUUGCUUUUAAGACAUCGACAUUAUGAGGUUCUCAUUUUAUCAGCCCACAGUAAGCGGAGGCUCAGCGGGGAGCCCUGAUCAGGUCUUCCACGAGCAAACGGUGGUACCAUCUACCCCAUCUCCUUUCUGUAAUAUGAGGAUAACAUUGCAUCUGCUCGCCAAUCCGUCGUGCAGUCUUACAAAACCA